AUGGUUAAUAUUAACUUCCACUAUCACGCUCCCCGGGUUUGGACGAAAGAGCCUGCGGGGCGCCGCUUUUCGGACUUCCCUCCGGCUGGAGAGAUGUCCGCACUCUGGGGGUUGGGAAGCAAGUCCACCCCCAGCCGAGGCGGACGUGAACGGAGGAGAGGCCUUCCUGGAGGCGGCGGCGCGGCGCCGGGCUCUGGCGGUACCCGCCUGGCGACCGGAACUGGCUCCCCCCCCCCCCCCCCCCACCGCCGGCGGCCCCGGGGCCAAGCCCCCCCCCCCCCCCCCCCCCCCCCCCCCCGCCGCCCCGAGCAGGGCAUCCUCGCGGGCCGGCCGCUACGGUCCCCCAUACGCGGGCGGCCACUGGCCCGACUGCCAGGGGGCGGGACGCGCCCCCAGCCCACGGCCGCCCACGCGGGACUCGUCUGGCGCAGGAUCCGGCCUUCUGCACCGUGUGCGGCUGCCUCGGGGCCGUCCGGCGACCCCUACACCCUCGCGACUCCGCGGGGCCCGCUCCGGCCACAGGCACCCGGGCUCGGCCCCCCCAAGCCCCGGGCCUGGCCGCGUGGAGCUUGGCCGCGUGGAGCCUCGCGGCGCCCGCCAGCGCCCCCUAGCGCCCCGCGCGCGUCCUACGGCGGGAAGCCCUCCCCGCGGGGCCGCGGGCGGCGGGCGCGGCCUCCCCAGGCAGCCGAGGCCGCACCGGCCAGGCCCCCGGCCUCCUCCCCAGGCGCUGCCCCGCCCCGACGGCGCGCACCGACCCAGCCGCGGCCUCCCGCGGGGCCGCUCCGGCGCGGGCUCGAGUCCUCGCCUCUGUCCCCCGGCGUCCGUUGCCAGUGCACGGAGCGUUGCCGCAGCCGUCACAACGCGCGAAGCGCUCCUGGCUUUCUGCCAACCGACGUUUGA